UAUGUGCAUAUAAUACACAUACACAUACUUUAUUGUAAUUCCACAAUUGAAGGGAGAUGUUGACAAGUUGGAAGGUGUCCAGAGGAGGGUGAUGAAAAUGAUCAAGGGUCUGGAGAACAAGACCUGUGAGGAGUGGCUUGAAGAGCUGGGCAUAUUUAGCCUGCAGAAAAGAAGGCUGGGAGGAGACAUGAUGGCCAUGUACAAAUAUGUUAGGGGAAGUCAUAGGGAGGAGGAAGCAGGCUUGUUUUCUGCUGCCCUGGAAACUAAGAUGCGGAACAGUGGCUUAAACUACAGGAAAGGAGAUUCCACCUGUACAUUAGGAAGAACUUCCUAACUAUGAGAGCUGUUCAGCAGUGGAACUCUCUGCCCUGGAGUGUGGUGGAGGCUCCUUUGGAGGCUUUUAAACAGAGGCUGUAUGGCCAUCUGUCAGGGUUCUUUGAAUGCAAUUCUCCUGCUUCUUGGCAGGAGGUUGGAUUGGAUGGCUCACGAGGUCUCUUCCUACUUGAUGAUUCUAUGAUCUUCCAAAACUACAACUCCCAUGAUUAUUCCAUAGCAUUGGGUCAUGGCAGUUCAAGUGGUACCAAACUGCAUUAAUGCUACCGCGUAGUCAACUUGUGUCCCUUGUAUAAAAUGGCAAAAAUCAAAGUUUGAUGGAUUAAAAAAAAUUUCAAGGCAUGUGGGUGGCUGAAUCCAUAGCUAAGGAAACAUAAACUGGAAAUGGAAGACAGAAAUAAUAAAAAUAGAAAGCUAUAGAAAUGUCAAAGAGCUAUUCAGAGAAGACCGUUUGAAAAUGCAAUAUAAUGCAAAGCUACAUAUGAGGCUUCCUUUCCCUAUGAUCUUCUGCAACAUAUCUGAUCACACUAUGUUGUGAACGGAUGGGUCCAGUCUCGCGAGACUUCACUGUAUGCUGGUUGCUACGGUUACAGAGACGCUUGUUCUUCUCGGUGGAGCUGAAGAAGGGAUAAAGAGUCGCUGCGAGGCGUCCAUGGAUUCAAGCCGGUAAGGUUAAAGACUGGUUAAUUUGAAAAAGGGAGCAAUGGCUGAUCCAGAAGAGGCAGGUGACCUGGUUGAAGUGGAUUCUGCAAGGCAAGAUGCAGAGGACACUUCUACAGCAGAGCAUGACAAGUCUGUAGAUGAUGAAGUACAGCAGGCUGAUAAUGCAAAGCUGGAUGAAGUAGCUUUGCCUACCGAGCAGGAACAAAAUCCAGAUUCAACAGCAUCUGAACCAGGUGCCAGUGAGGAACUGGGACAGGGACCUGAUGCUGCUGAAGAACAGGCUACUGAUGAGGAACUAGCUGCGAUGGAGCUGACUCCUAUUGAGGAAUCAGAGCAGACACCAGAGCAGGAACAAAAUCCAGAUGUAGCAGCAUAUGAAUCAGAUGCCAGUGAGGAACUGGGACAGAGACCAGAUGCUGCUGAAGAACAUUUUACUGCUGAGGAACCAGUGCAGGCCCCAGAUGUUGAGGAAUUAGUGCAAGGCCUUGCUGCUGCUGAGGAACCAUCACAGACAUUUGAUAUUGAGGUGAAGAUAACUCCUGCUGAGGAACCAGUUCAGGGAGUAGCUGCUGUUAAGGAACUGGCCGAGGACCUGUCACAAGGGUCGGGCAUGGCAGAACAACAAGGGAUACACCCUGUAGAAUCUGAUGGAAUUCAGGAAGAUGUUUUAUAUGUCCAAAAUUUGGGUGCCAUGGGUUCUUCAGCCAGCGGAAUAACUACAGAUGCUUCUGAAAGUGGUUCUAGAAGACGUAUUGAUUUUUCUACAGAUAUGCUAAUGCAAGCCUUGGCGUCUGAAGGAGCCAGAUAUACUCGAGAGCCUGACGUAUCAGUUAAAUUUAUGUUGCAUCCUGAUAUCCAGAUUUUCACUAAGGCCUUUGGCAUUAAUCGAACUGUGGAUCAAAUCAAGCAAUACUUUGUAACACGGUUAAAAAUACCAAUGCACCUUUUGCAAAUUAUGAAACUUGGGAGAAUAAUUGAAAAUGACGAAACCCUGUGGGAUCUUGGUGCUCAGCCUUAUGGGACUAUCCAGGUUGAUAUGUUCUCACUUGAUGAAGAAAACUUUCCCAUCAAAGCAUAUAAACUCCUACAGGAAUACUACAUGCCUGAUGUCAUAACUGUUAAAGUACAGACUGAUCCAGACACAUUUCAGGAUAUAGAUGUAUCGAUUAAAAGGCCAACCUUUGAGAAACCAUUUCUGGGUGGAUUUAGACAUAAGGAAACAGGCACCGAAUAUCAUAAUGCAGGAUCACAGACAGAUCCAAAGAAACGUCCAGAGAAAGGCUAUGAAGAGUUCUGUAGGUCAACACAGACCGUUUUUGAGAGAAGAAAGCUGCAGCAGACAAGAAAUACAACUUCUACACAAAUGACCAAAAUCGGAGUCUAUAUGUCAAAUGUCACUGAUAAACUGAUAGAACCGAAAGAGUAUGUGACUGCAGAAGAAUAUCAUGCACGAAGACUAAAGGCAACAAUUGUAAUGCAAACCUAUUACCGACGAUGGCUAGCAAUCAAAAUGGUCAAAAAACUUAAAGAAGAAUUGAGGUUGAGAUUGGAAUGGGAAGAAAAAGAAGAGAGAAGGAAACAGAGAGAAAGGGCAGAUAGACUGCUGAAAGAGUAUAAUCGAAGACUAUUUCCUAAAACAAAGGAUGAUUUUGAAUUACUUUAUCAUGCUUUAGAAUUAUGGAGACAAGAGGAACUUGAGCGGAUCAACGAGACUUUUACUGGAGCUGAACGGAAGGCAGCUCUCUGUGGACUUUUAGAAAAAGAAGCCCAGCUGAUUGCUUCCAUUGGGAGGCACAAGAUAAAUGCCGAUGAAGAAAACCAGCAAAAAGCAAUCCUGUCCUUUUUGGAAAAGUGUGCAGCUCCCAAAAAAUGGAAAGCGUUUGAUGGCAAAAUCACAGAGAUGGACACCCAAUUCACACUGCGUGCCAGGGAACUGCUUGAGAUCUAUCGCAGCAUUAGUAUGAAAGACCUUCCUGAAGAUGAGCGUAUUGAUGUGCUGCUAACAUUGAAGCAUACAGUGAAGGAACAUGAAUGCAAACUCACCCAUGAAAUAGUGGAAUUAAUUGACAGAGAAGUAGAUCUCAUGAUGAGGAAAGUGAAGGAAUAUAAUUUGCAAGGACUCAGACAAAGGAUAUGUACAUUAUUUCUUCAGUACAUUAAAACACCAUUUUUUAACCCAGAGGUUGCUAGACUUCUUAAGGUCCCUCCUGAUCCAAUGAAGCUUUAUCACAACAUCCAUUUUUGCCUUGGUUGCAAAAGAUACCUACCUUCUACUGAUUUUGCAAUAUCUGCUAGUUCACAAACCGUUGGCCGGUGUCGUUUGUGUUGCAAGCUGGAUAAUCAGGCUCGCAAGAGGGAAGCCUUUUUGAAAUAUAAGCGUAUGCUUUUGAGGCUCCGAGAUGCUGAAGUGAAAUAUAAUGAUAAUGCUAAGAUUGCUUUCAUAAUACAGAUACAAGACCUGCACUACAUGAUUGAACAUUUCUGGGGUUCUCAGUCAGCUCUUAGUGCUGCUGAUGAUCUCUAUGAUCUGGUCAUGGUCCGGUGGGAUAAGUAUCUGGAAUGGUCUCCCUGGAACUGCAUCCUCCUCCGAAAUAUAGAAGCUGAAGCCCAUCUCAGACUGAACAGUUUAGAAAAGUCUUAUGAGCCAUCGUUUAUUCACAGGAUAAGGCACAAACAUAUGCUUGCAAGGAACUAUUUCUCCCAGUUUCCAGAGCUGGCAGCUAAUCUGCAUAAAGAUGACAAACCAGCCAUCGCAGAAGAUCUUUUAGUAACAAAGCCUUUAACAUCUGGGCCAUCAAAGUAAUGCAUUCUAGAUAUUGAAGCAUUUUCACGGAUUUAUUACUCGAAUAACAAAUCUGGCAUCGAGAUAAAUAUUCAUGUUAUCUGUUUUAGUUAUCUGUAAUCGUUUGAUUGUCUACUAACAAACACAAAACUGUUUUAAGAUUAUACAUUGAUCACCAAAUUGCUAUUGUUAUGCUGUUCUUUUCUCUGAAAAUUAAACCUAUUUGUAAUCCAAUCUCAAUUUUUCUUUUGAAAAAACCAAACUUUUAAGAAUGUGUUUUUGUAGGAAAAGAAUUACGUAUUCUUUUUCCUGGAAUCCAUCUAUUUUUAAGUUAGACUUUCUAUGAGAUACCUAGGCCUUGCUGAAAAUAAAAUCUAGAUUACUGUAUAUGACAACAGUCAUUAAUAGAAUGAAGGAAGGGGUAUGAUGAACUCCUUUAUUAAAAGGGAGUGUGUUUGGGGAUUGGGGAGGUUACUACUAAAAUGUAAAUUUAUUUUCACUUUCCCCUUUACAAUCAUCAUGCCGAUCACUACCACAGCUCAGAAAAUAGGUAGUACACAAACUGAAAAUAAUGUUUAUUUAAUAAAAUUCAAAUAUUUAUUUUAAA